AUGCAGCCGCAGCAGUUCUAUUCACCUGCUCUUCAUCACCAUUAUCAUCCCUACCAAACUUAUCCGCAAAGGAUUCAGGAAAGCAUGGGAAUUUACGACGGACACUGUGUUUUCUUCCCCCCGCCUGAUCAGACUCCUUUUUACCCUGUUCCAUCAGCCUAUGGCUUCCCAGUUUAUCCUCAAUUCAUUCAGCCAGGUUAUGAUUAUCGAGAUUUUUUUCUUCCUAGCCCUCUGCAAUACUACUACGGUCAUCCUGCUGAAGCGAUGUACUAUGAUCAGAACGACAAUUACUAUCUUAAUCAAGAGCAGAACCUCCAAUGGCCCCAGAGCCAUCUUCGAGAGUCUGAUCAGACACCGGACUUCCUCUACCGUUUGAGCUUCUCACCGGAAGACGAGACUGUCAUACUUGAUUUGGACGCAGAGGAGAACUACCCUCUUGGGAGCUUUGCAUCAGAAGAUGAAAGUCCCGCACGUGCACUGGAUGUGGAGUUCGUCAAUGAGGAUGGAAGUCUUGCCAGCGUCAGGAUUCCUGCUGAUGACCCAAUCGUUGAGUUCCUACUACAAUCGGUCCCAGAAGGCGUGAAUAGUGAAAAUAGUGGCUUGACAGAAGCAACCAUCUCAGAGCACCUGGAAAUCAGAAAUUAUCAAACGCUUGCUGAUCAAGAACCUGAAAUUUGCGUAGUUUGCCAGUGCGAGUACGAGAAUGGGGAGACAAUUGGAACUCUAGAAUGCAGGCAUGAGUACCAUGCCGACUGCAUCAAAAGGUGGUUAAUGGAGAAGAAUGUUUGCCCUCUUUGCACACGUGAAGGAAUUCAACAGAAAAGCAAAUUGAGAAUUUUUUAA